ACUCACGCGCGCAGCUGAGAGUUUUAUUCCGGUCGGGUUUGUGCGCUCCGUCCCUUUUCUCCCGUGUCUGCUCCGUGUGCCGGGUCUGUCCGUGUCUGCUCACCGAGCUUCACCUGUGAACUCCACGCUUUCUCUCGAAUAAACUCCAAGAAACUUCAUCAUGGCCGCCAGGGGAACCGUAAAAGCCAGUCCAAACUUCAACGCCAGUGCAGAUGCUGAGGUUCUGCAGAAGGCCAUGAAAGGGCUGGGGACUGAUGAGGAUGCCAUCUUGCAGCUGCUGACUGCUCGCAGUAACGCCCAGAGACAGGAGAUCAAGAAUACCUACAAAACUCUGUUCGGAAAGGAUCUGAUUGAUGACCUGAAGGGAGAGCUGGGUGGUAAAUUCGAGACCCUUAUUGUCGCUCUGAUGACCCCACCCAUUGCUUAUGAUGUCACGUCCCUCCGCAAUGCUAUCAAGGGGGCAGGAACAGAUGAGAAGGUGCUGGUGGAGAUUCUCUCCUCCAGGACGCCUGAGCAGGUGAAGGACAUCAUUGCUGCGUACAGACAGGAGUAUGAUGACGACCUGGAGGAGGACGUCUGUGGAGACACCUCAGGACACUUCAAGAGACUCCUGGUUAUUCUGCUGCAGGCCAACAGGCAGAAGGGCAUCCAGGAGGGAAACAUCGAGGCUGAUGCUCAGGCCCUCUUCAAGGCAGGAGAGGAGAAAUUUGGCACUGAUGAACAAUCCUUCGUCACCAUUCUUGGCAACCGGAGUGCAGAGCAUCUGAGGAAAGUAUUUGAUGCGUACAUGAAGAUGUCUGGGUAUGAGAUGGAGGAAAGCAUUCAGAGGGAGACGUCUGGACCUCUAAGAGACCUGCUUCUCGCUGUUGUGAAGUGUGCCAGGAGUGUUCCAGCUUAUUUUGCAGAGACUCUGUACUACGCCAUGAAGGGCGCAGGGACCGAUGACAACACUCUGAUCAGGGUGAUGGCGAGUCGCUGUGAGGUGGACAUGAUGGACAUCAGGAAUGAGUUCAGGAGGAUGUUUGCAUGCUCUCUGCACUCCAUGAUCAAGGGAGACACUGGCGGAGACUACCGUAAAGCUUUACUGUUGCUCUGUGGAGGAGAUGAUGCGUAACCAUAGCAACACGCCUACUAGGAACCACACCUGAAGUGCCUAAGUGAGUCCUUUGGGUCGUCAGCUCAUUGAAACAACAAGCUCGUUGUUUAGCAAGUUUAUCAUAACAAACCUGCUUGUGAGUGACAGACAGCCAGUCAGGUCUUUAACUAUGAUUCCAAUAUGUCUUUGAAAGGUAGCUAACAUUUUGUCCACAUGGAAGCUUUGGUCCACUAAUAUUGUCAAUGUAACCAAUGUUAUGACAUGCAUUUAUAGUUUCAAUUAUCAGACUACAAUUGUCUCUGUUGCACUUUGUAUGGCAUAAGCAAUAAAUACAAUAAUAAACAUUUCAUUUGAUGAAGUUUAAA